GGUGUUCCCUCGUAACGCUUUAAGGAGGAACCAGAGGGGCAGCAGCUGAGGAAUUAUGAGCUCGAGCCUCUGUGGGGUCAGAGCGUGUCGCAGCAGCACGAGGGUAAAGUCUCAGUAGCAGGACAAAGUGCACGUUUCUGUAAAGCUAAAGCUGCAGCAGGAAGGUAGCUCCUGCCCCACCUCUCUGCAAAGGGACAGCAGUCUGCCCCAAAGCACUAACUUAAGUAAUAAAGUAAAGAUACAUAUAUAGAAGAAUACAGCUACAUAACUUUGUUCCAUCGAUAUUAAAGGGGGAGAAAAUGUUUCCCAAGGACUACUAACACAUUUCCUUUCUUUUAAAUGUUGCUGAUUUUAGAGUACUGAUGCGUAAGAUGGUAAGAUUUUAAAGAAGGAAAAUAAACAAGAAAAUUGUAACUCUUUUCUCGAUUGACUACUGCGUGGAUAAUUCAGGCUGUGGGGAUUGUGACUUGGAUGGAUUUUUAAUUUUCAAAAUAGUCUACAUUUUAAAACAGCAGUAAUGGCAAAGUUGAUGGUAUUAUACGGGUUAGGAUUUGUACUUUUGAUGUCUGGAGACACUUUGGGGAUGAAUUAUCCUCAACGAUAUAGUCUGUACACUGGGCAGUCACAUAACCAAAUGCAAGCCACGCAAGCUCAUCAUAGCAACGGGCAACGACCCACAAGCCAGUACAGGAACUGGUGUGCCUAUGUGGUGUCAAAAACAGUGAGCUGUACUGUGGAAGAUGGAGUGGAAGCUUAUGUAAAACCGGACUACCAGCCAUGUAUUUGGGGGCAGCUCCAGUGCCCACGUGCUGUGACAUAUCGUACAUAUAUGAGGCCUCGUUACAAAAUAGCAUAUAAAACUGUGACUACUUUGGAGUGGAAAUGUUGCCAUGGUUACACAGGGGAUGAUUGUGCUGAAGGUCCAGUGGAUGGAUCAACUCCAGGUACAGUAGUCACAACCUCAAGACCUCGACCAAGGCCACCAAGUCGACCAGGAGCAUCAGGAUCGAGCAACAAGACGAUUCUAUGGCCUCAUGGAGAAGGUCGAGGGGAAUCAGAAAAAGUCAAACAGCUGGAAGACAAAAUUAGAGACUUAACAGAUCAGCUUGCCAACAUGCAGACAACUAUGGAGGACAUGAAGAAUAAUUUCCAUGAAGAGGUUCGAAAAGCACAGGAAAUUGCAUUGAAUGGUAAACAGCCAGCAGAUGCGCCUUCACAACAUGAUAUGAAUGAGACCAUCAAUGUGCUUAAAAGACAGCUGGAGCAACUAGACAACAGGAUACAAGAACAUGAUCAAAAUCUAAGUCAAAUGAAAGAGAAGAAUGGAGAAAAUGAGUUGAGUAAAGAGACAGAUCGCAAAAUGAAUGAAAAGUUUUCUGACCUGAAAGAGAUUAUACUGAAUGAAGUGGACAAGAGGAUACAGCAGUCUUGCUCUUCUUGCCUUUCAGCAGUUGAUCAUGUGCGUCGCAUUCAGCAUGAGGACAUAGAGAAAACGCAAGUCUUAGAAAAAUUGAUUCAGUCCACUGACCAAAGGAACCGUCAUGCUCUUACUGAAAUUCAGAAAACCCUAUCACGCCUGGAUGAGAGAUCACAACAAAACUGCUGUGCAGAAGUCAGUGACAUAAAAGACCAAAUGUCUGAUCUCCAAAACAAAAUAGGCUCCGUCUCUGAUGCUACUGAUAUUCUAAAUGCACGUCUGGAUAAUUUAACAGUAGAUAUUGAACCUGUCAUAAACUAUGAAGAUUUUCAGAAAAUAUAUAGCAGACUAGAUGAGAUAGAAAGCAGUGUGAAUAUAACUUUGAAAAAUGCAGAAGAGCAUUGCCUUUUCGUUGAGAAAGAGUUGAAGAGUUAUAUCCAGGACAAACUGGACAGUUUGAGUGAUGAACUUGGUAAAAGGAUAAGCAACAAUGAAGAGAAGAGCCUGGACAUAGAGGCUGAAGUACUGAACAUUUCAACACGUGUAAAAAAUGCGGAAGAAAUAAUAUCUGACCAUGAUGAAAAUCUCAAUGACUUGAAGGAUACUGCUGUUCAAAAUGAGAAGGAGCUUUCAGAACUCUCUGAUCAUGCUGUGCAUUUGGAGAACAGUGUCAAUGCUGCAGUCAACCGAUGUGCAGAAAUCUGCGCCACCAACAAGGAGCUCUAUGAGGGAGAAAGUUCAGUGGUGGUAACAUUCUUACACAAUUUGGAAAAGAAAGUUGAUAAUAAUACAGGACAGAUAAGGAAGUUUGGUUCUGGUGUCCAGCACCUUUCUAUUUCUGGUGAUUCCCUUAGAAGGACAGUUGAGGAUUAUGGAAGAGACAUUAGGAAGUUGAGCUCAAUUAUUGGAGGCAAUGGUGAAACACUUGAUGAAAUAUCUUCUAACAUAAAUGAUCUAGAUGACAGGCUUUCCAAAUCAUUGGAGUCUUGUUUGAAAGGUUGUGGAACUGCUCAGAAUGAUAUGUCAUCUUACAGAAACAUAACUGACAAGAAAUUCAUAGAGUUUGAAAAUGAUUUGAGCAGUCUCCGAAACAUGAUACAGUUUGAUUACAAGAGCUGUGGUCAGGUUUGCUCUAAUCUGCAAGAAAAAGUUGGUAAACUGUCAGAGGAAAUUGAGACAAACAGAAACACAUGCUGCACUGCACAAAAGAAAGCUGAAGAAGUAGAUUCUGAAGUGGACAUAAAUAAGACAAAAACAAUAGAUGGGUACAGUGUAAUUGGAGGAACGUCUUACACUGAACUUCAGGGAGAGCUGUCCACAAUGAGGCUUGCCUGUAGCUCAAUUAAUGACACUGUUAAAGACAUGCAGAUCACAUUAGAACAACACACCAGCUAUAUCUUUGACUUAGAAGCCACAAAAAAUAAAAUAAUGAGUGAAAUUGACAAAAUUCAACAAGAUGUUACUGAACAUAUAAAGGAGAGUGAGGAUCGGUUCAACCACAUCAAUGGGAAAAUCGAGUGGUUUGAGAAAAAACUUAUGACGGAAAUGGGAGACUGCAAGAAAUCAGCUGGUGGAAUGGAUGAAAGGGUCUCUAAGCUAGAAAAUGUCUGCAGUAGACUAGAUUCUGUUUCAGACAGCUUACAAAGGAUCAAAGAAGGCUUAAACAAACAUAUCACAAGUCUCUGGACCUGUGUGCGUGAUAUGAACAGCACAGUCACUAGACACAAAAACAUUCUUCACAAUGUACAAAAUACUCAACUGGAGGAAAUCAGCAAGAAUCUGGAAGUACUAAAUGGCUCUUUCUACUACAUUUUGUCUGAAUACAGAAACUUUACACUUCGGGACUUCACAGGGCCACGUGGUCCCCCAGGUCCCCAAGGUCCAAUUGGUUAUACUGGUCUUACUGGACCCAAAGGCAAAGAUGGUCCUCCUGGAAAGCAAGGACCCGUUGGUCCAAUGGGUCCUCCAGGCCUCAGGGGAGAAAAAGGACCUCAAGGUGAACCACCAGUUAUUCCUCAUGUAGCAUUCUCAGCAGCACUGACAUCUCCACAACAUGCGGAUGGAACCAUCUUGUUUAACAAUGUGCUGGUGAAUGAUGAUCGAGAGUCCUAUGAUCCGCAAACAGGUAUCUUCACUGCACCUGUUGAUGGAAGAUACUUCUUCAGUGUUAUCCUGACAGGACACAAAAAUAAGAAAAUUGAAGCUGUGCUGUCCAAGUCAAACCAAGGAAUUGCCCGCAUUGAUUCUGGUGGUUACCAGGCUGAAUGGCUGGAGCGCAAUCCCAGUGCAGGAGCAGAACCACCCACUGCCUCUGUAGGGGUCUUCAGCAUUAUCCUUCCACUCAACGCCGGAGACCAGAUUUGCGUUGAUUUGGUGACAGGAAUACUUGCUUACUCAGAAGAACCUCUGACUAUCUUCAAUGGACAUCUUCUUUAUGAAGCAGAUGAUUAAACAUUUUCUCUUCAAACUAUACGCUUAAUAUGGUUAAAAACUUUUGAUGCUGAUCAUCUGCAGAACUGAUUUCUCUGAUGCCCAAAGACAAAGCAUAUCAUUACUACUAGAUGAAUUGUUUUCUGAAGAUGCUAAACAUUAUUGCUAUGGAUAGUCACAUUUUUAGAUUUCAAAAUAAUUUCCAGAGGUCUUUACUGGUCUUCAUUUUAAAGUCAGAAACACUUCUUUGUGAACUCUGUCAUUCUAAACUUUGCAUGUUUGUACCCCACUUAUGUUAAAUAUCUCACUACUAGAUUGUUCAAGAACACUUGAGAUUAAUUUAAUGCCUGUGUUCAGCAAGAAUUAGUCUGUUGUAGAGUUGUUUAGUGAUUAGAGAUGUGAAAACAGGGAGUUUUGCCGCAUUAGUGAUGUGUGGUUCUUGGUAUUAUCA